AUGGUUCCCGAAACUCAAGCAACACCACCACCACAAAGACGUAAAGGGAAAAAACAAGCGCACGAGGGUGUCGCACAGCCGGGAAGACAAAAGCCGACACACAUGGGUUCCACACGAAGAGCUAGUUUUGAACGAAUUCGAGAGGAGCUAGGAAAAUGUGACAACUACCGUACGAAACAUCAACUUAAUUCGAAGUUUCGAGAAAUAGCAAAGGGGGUUUCAAAAAUAAACGAGUUUUACAACAACCUAAAAACCCAACGAAAAAGUGGCCAAGGCGACGAAGAAAUACUUCAAGAAGCGUUGCAGUUUUACCUUGAGGAAGCCGGAAAACCAUUCAAGUGGCACUAUUGUUGGAAAUUAUUGGUCCGAAGUCGUAGGUGGAAAAAAUAUGAGCCAAAUUUUAUUUUUGGAGUCCAGGAAUCAAAGCGAAAGAAAACAGGUUCUAAUGGUUACACAACCUCCUCCGAUGCUUGGGUCGGUCUAGAUUUAAAUCAGGACGACGAACACGAGCUAGAAGAAAUUGUCCGCCCAAUAGGUAAGGACAAAGCGAAGAGAAAGGAAAAAGGGACUUCUUCGAGUGCAUCUAAUUUUAGUGUGGACAUUGACGAAAUGCGAAAGAUAACAUCGUCGUUUGAUCGAUAUAAUCUAAAUUUCUCCGAACGUUUGACUUUCAACAAAGAAAAAGAAGAAACAAGGAAAAAGGAGCGGGCGGAGAGACAAGAAAUGGAGGACAUGAAGUUUUUAAUGGAAAACGUCGAUCAUUUCUCGGGAUCGGCUCUCAAGCUCGUGAUGAAGAAAAGGGAAAAAAUUAUGAAAAAAUAUUUUCCGUAUGUCAUUGUUGGUUUGUUUGAUUUUUAG